AUGAGCGAGGAUACCUUGCCCGACACAGCGUCCGAGUUCAAGGGCAUGGACGUCAGCGCGCUGGUCACCUGGCACCGCCAGGAGAUUGUGGAUGCUUUCGGAGAGCAGGCCGAGGCGCUGAUGGCAGAGGCGGGCAUCCCGCCUGGCGAGCCCGAGGGCGUCGACCACACGCCGACGGCUGCCCAGCUGGCUGGCGACGCGGCGGAGGAGGCAGCGGCGAUGCGCCCAGUGGAGCCGGCGGCGCCUGGCUGCGCGCCGCCGUCGGGCUGGAUCGUGCCGCGCAGCAAGCGCGCCCGCUUGGCUGCGCAGCCAGAGCUGCUGGCCCUCGAGGCGCAGCAGGUUGAAGGGGAGGAGGCCAAGGCCGAUGUGGCCAGGAUCGAGCAGGCCAAGGCUGAGGCCAGGGCCGCGGCGUUCGAGCAGGCCAAGGCCGCGGCGCUGCAGGAGGCACAGGCCGAUGCGCUCCAUGAGGCCAGGCGCGAGGCGGCAGCCAAGGCCGUAGAGGAUGCGCUCGAGCAGGCCAAGGCCGAGGCGCUUCAGGAGGCCCAAGCCGAGAUCGAGCAGAUCAGGGCUCAGGCGCUGGAGCAGGCCAGAGACGAGGCGCUGCAGAAGGCCAAGGCCGAUGCGCUCGAGGCGGCGCAGCAGGCCAAGGCCGAGGCGAUUCAGCAGGCCAAGGCCGAGGCGCUUCAGCGGGCCAGGCUCCAGGUGGCAGCCGAGGCCGCGGAGGCGGCGCGGGCUGGGGGGGCGCCAACGGCGGCAGCAGAUGCCCCCGAGCCCCCCUUGGGCGCAGGCGCAGCAGGCGAUCCAGCCGAGGAGGUCGCGGAUGAAGCUGCCGAGAGGGAGGAGCAGAAGAAGAAACUCCACAGGGUGAUCGACUGCAAGGCGCGCAAGCGCCAGCGAGGUGGCGGCAUCAGCCCAGAUGACGAAGCCCAAGCCAUCAUCGAUGAGGCCGAGGCGAAGCGCCAGGCCACCAUGAUAUUCAACGAGCGCAAGCGCGUCAUGGCACAGAAAUUGGCCUAUGAGCAGGAGGAGAAGGAGAAGGCUGAGGCGCUCAUGCUGGAAGCUGAAGUUGAUGAGUACGAGGCAACGCGGAACCAGCGGUGGGAAGUCGCCUCAACUACCGCGAGCGACGACCGCAGGCUGAGUGGGUGUAACCAACAUGAUGUGGACACGGACUCUGAAUAUUCGGAGACGCCAUGUGUGCCAGAGUUGCCGACGUUCGAGUUCGCCAUGUCUGAGAGGGAAAAGGAGCAGCAAGCUAAAGAUAGGCUGGAUGAGCUUCACGAGGUGCCUUACCCCGACUCGGUCGACCAUGGCGACGUGCCUCAGCCGUCGCCGAUGACACCAGCGGCCACGAGCGUGCGGUCGGCGUCUUUGCCGCGCGCGGAGCCCCUUGCAGCGGGAGAGAGCAGUGGCUCCACGCCGCAGGCCUCCGCGCCCGCGCGGGGGACCGAAUCCCCCUGGGCGGCAGGCUCAGCGGCGGCUUACCCGCCAGCUCAGCCGCCCGCGCAGCCUCAGCCGCAGCCGGCGCAGCCCCCGCAGCCUGCCCCCGAUGCCCCCAUGGCGCCAGCGACUGACAAGGAGACUCUGAGGCAACAAGUGGUCCAGCAGAUGGAUCGCGUCAACGAUGCUGCGAAGGUUUUGGCAAGCUGCGCUCCCGAGAAGUUCGUCCUCGAGGACGCCGCGCAGAAAGCCGAGGUGUCGAUCUCGCAGCUGUGCCACAGCGAUCUCGUUAGGAAGAUGAAAGCGCUGCAUCAGGCUGACCAGGAGCUCUCGAUGGAUGCAAAGCAGAAGGCCUUGGCGGAGGAAGACGUCUUCUGGGAGGGCAUGAAGGCGCACGAUUUCAAGUUCGGGACCGCCUGCACUUCAGGCAACAGCAUUGCGGGGCGCUGGGCUAGGGCCUUGAGAGCUGACGCUGCCUUGGCGGCAGAAUACCGCGCGAAGGAGGGGUACCUCCAGAAGGCCGACUUCCGCGCUGCUUGGGCAAAGGGCAAGUACGACAAACACCAGGUGGCCAGGGGCCGCUCUAAGGAUGAGAAGCAUUCGAAGUCUGAAAUCAGGAAUGGGACAUGCGUGUCCCUGGGCCGCCUGGCAUGGCUCGAGGGCGGAGGUUCGAGCGGCAUGAAAAUUGCCGUUCGUUACGCGACGAACUGCGUGAUCAUGGGGGGCAUCUGGUGCUCGUGGGACGAGAUGGGUGAGGUCCUCAAAUAUCUGCACGUCCAGCACAGCGUCCGCGACGAGUUCAAGCGCUCCUGGAGGGCGUGGGAGGACUGGGCCGAGCAGCCGACUGCACAUGCUUCCGCGGAGGGCGACGCCGCGGCGCAGUCCGCGCCGGCCGCGACGCCCUCGCGCGCGGGAGGCGGCGGGGAUGGUGAUGGCGGCAUCCCAGCACGCGUCAUCUCGAGGAAGCCCGAUGACAACGGGAGGAAGUUCAAGGAGCUGAAGACCUCCUACCAGAAGGCCACCAGCGAGUGCAACACCAUCCUCAGGAUGGUUAAGUCCGACCCCGAUUGGUGCUGGGCCGACAACGACGUCGUGAUGGGCCCGUUGCGCAGCGCGGACAGCAAGGUUCACGAGAUCCUGAAGCAGGACCGCGACCUCGCCUCCUGCCUCGCUGGCCAGUUCGCGAACCUGAAGUCUACGCUCGGAGAUGAGAAAGUGCAGGCGGUCCUGGGUCGCGCCGUGUUCGCUCUGAAGGAGCCUGUCGAGGCGCUCGACCACGAGUGCCGCCUGCUGAUUGCUCAGCACAACAGCCGCGUGCGCCUGGUCUCUCUCCCUGAGAAGGCGAACCUUAAGAAGGCCAGGAAGACUUUCACUUUUGUUGAUGUGGAGAUGCCCGCGCGCGUGCAGGGUCGGGCAGAGCGAACGUACCACACCAUUCCCAUUGCAUUAGCAUACAAUUCAUUAGCCGAUGAAUUUGAUCAGAACCUGUGGAUGAGGGAGAACCUUGAGAAUGGGUCGGUGGACCGCGCGUCUCAUCUAGCAAACCGAUCAUACCUCAGCAGUCCUAACGUCCAGGAAGCACUGGCAUCUGGCAAGAACUAUCCCCUCCCGAUUGCAUUUUACUGCGAUGGCGUUCGGUUCGCGGCAAUGCAGUCCAGACCAGACUCCAUAUUGGGUAUAUCCAUCACCAACCUGUUGUCGAAUAAGCGUCACUUGGUAGCGGCGGUGCGUACUGGGGACAUGUGUACCUGCGGCUGCGGCGGGUGGUGUUCCAUAUACACCGUCCUCCGCGCUGUGGCGUGGCAGUUGCGUGCUCUCAAGGACGGCUUCUCCCCUGCAGCAAAGCCUGACGGCUCGGCGCGGGAUGACGAGAAGGACGCCUCGCGGGCGUUGGGGUUUACUGCGGCAAUGGUGUAUGCCAAAGGAGAUUGGUCUGAAUUUGCCAAAACCUUUGGAUUGAGCAAUUGGCGGACGUUCCACAAUCCGUGCCCGUGCUGUCCAGCGCCAUCCAGCUGCCUCCACUUUGUCAUUCCUGGCAUGUUGGAUGCCAGCGGGGUGACCUACGAGGACAGGGCCGCGGCCGACUACGAGCAGAGCUGCCUUGCGUGUGAGCGCCAUGUCAACGUCCUCGACAAUCGCCAGCGAUCUGAAAUUGUGCGCUUGCUGAAAUACCACCCAGAUGAGAUUGGCAAGGGCAGGUGCCUGAUCACUGCUCUACCCGAGUUCGGGCUCUUGGCGGGUGACCGGUUGGAGCCUGGUGCGAUCAUGGCAACGAAGGCCGCAGAGACGGCACUCCUCCUUGAUUUUGCAGUUCAUCAGCUAAAGAAGUGGGGCGAUCGCAUCCAUGGGAGCAGCGACUUGUUGACAGCCUGCAAGUCUUUGCAGGCGUGGCUCGACGUGUGCAGGCGCGCGCCCCUCGUGCUCGAGGCAGACUACUACCAGGAGCUCCUGGACAAUGCUGUUCGUUUCUGCGUGCGCGCCGAGAAUGCGGGCAUCGCGUUCACGCCCAAGUUCCAUUUGUUCUGCCACAUGAGCGUAAGGUCUUGGAAUCUUGGCAACCCGUCUUGGUAUUCCACGUUCGUGGAUGAGACGUUGAACCUUGCCCUGCGGCAGGCUGCGUCGCGGGCCCAUAGGAGGCGAUUGGGGCAGACAGUGUUCAGCUGCUUCAACGUGUGCGGGUACUUGGGCACGGCCAAGAAUAUCUAUGCCGCGCCGCCCGAGCGCGGUGCGCAGCAGGGCCGCGGGAGGUGCGCCGACUGCUCGGACUCGGAUACAUGUGAGCCCAUCGCUCCAGCUGCUGGCGACAGUUCCCUUGAGAUGGUGCACGUGCUAUCGCCUGGCUGGUCCGUCCACCUCACCGUCACCACUGGCAGGCACCAGUUCUCCAGCGAGCUGCUCGGCUCCGCCGGGCAGGCGCCCCUCGCCCCGGCUGGCCGCCGCGGGGCGGGCUGCGGGCCCGCCCUCCCGGCCGCCUCCGCGAGGGCCGCGAGGAAGAGCGGUGGCAUCGGCCGGUGCUCGCGCGUCGCGCACCGCGGGGCGCGGCGCACGACGCCGGAGGGCCCAGAGCGGGGCACGCGCCGCGCUCCCUGGCGGGAGCGCCGCUCCGGUUGCGAGCUCUGUGCGGUGGCUGGCAGGGCUGGCGGGGCCGCCAUGCCCGCGGUCGGCAGGCGAGAGUACCUGGAGUAUGGCCGCGGCAGUCUCUCGCGCUGCCGUGCUAUCGCCCCGGGCGCCGUGUUCAGCGAGGAUGGCGGCGCGGCGCGCCGCGUCGGCGCCGGCGCGGGCAGCGCGGCGGCAGUGCAGCGGGCGCCGCGGUCGGAGCCCGCCUUCUUCGCGGCCCCCUGGCAGGGCCUGGCCCCCAUCGCCAGCCAGCGCGGAGAGUGCACGCGGACCGCCAACCGGGCCACAGCCGUAGCCGGGCGCCGCGGCGCUUGGGCCGCGAUGGUCGCCCGCGAGGCGCUGCAGCUGAUUGAGUGGCAGCUGGUGAACGUUGGGCAGGGGGGGCGCCACGUCUUCGCGGGGGUGCACGGCGAGGUGCCGGCGCCUCCGGCGGCUGGUGGCGUGACCUCGGCAUCGAUGGAGCGGCUCUCUUUCUGGCUGCUGGGCGCCCUGGUGGAAGAGGGUUGCCAGAGGCGCGGAUGCACGCUAUUGCCAGCGCAGUGCGGAACAGUUGACGAUUAG